GGGUGUGGCUACCUAGUAGGGUUCUGACGGCGUUGUGCCGAUUCCUCGACUGCCCUGGUAAGUUGGAAACUGGCUCUUCACCGACCAAGGUACAGAAGGGAAUCUAAGGCGGCGUCUGACCUUCAGCGCGGCCUAGCAGCCAUGUCGCUAUUGUCCUUGGUAAUGCCUGCCCUUUGGGUCUAUUUUAUCGGCUUCCGCGUCGUCCUGGAGCAGCUGUUUCGACGCCUCCGUCCGCGUUCCGUUUCCAAAACAGUUUUUCCUUUUCAAAAUGGUAAUGUUGCCAUGGUGACUGGAGGAAUUAAAGGAAUUGGUUACCAUACUGUGAAGAAUUUGGCAAGACUUGGAAUGCACAUUAUAAUAGCUGGAAAUGAUGAAAAGAAAGGCCAAAGAUCUGUGAUGGCAAUAAAAGAAGAAAUUCUGAAUGCAAAAGUGGAAUUUUUAUACUGUGAUUUGGCUUCUAUGAAGUCCAUAUAUCAAUUUGUUAAAGAGUUUAAGGCAAAGAAUUGCCCACUUCAUGUCCUGAUCAAUAAUGCUGCAGUGAUGCUGGUACCUGAAAAGAAGACAGAAGAUGGGUUUGAAGAGCACAUUGGUGUUAACUAUCUGGGACAUUUCUUGUUGACAAAUCUCUUAUUGGAUACACUGAAGCAAUCAGGAACACAUAGCCACAAUGCUCGGAUUGUCACCCUCUCAUCAGCCACUCAUUAUGUAGGUGAAUUACAUCUUCAUGAUUUACAAAGCAGUUGCUUGUAUUCACCCCACGGAGCUUAUGCUCAAAGCAAACUUGCCCUUGUCUUAUUCAGCUAUCGACUGCAACAUCUCCUGACAUUAGAAGGGAGCCAUGUGAUGGUUAAUGUUGUAGAUCCUGGAGUAGUGAAUACGGAUCUCUAUCAGCAUGUCUGUUGGACAGCGAAAAUUGUCAAGUGGAUGACAAGUUGGCUUCUCCUAAAGACACCAGAAGAAGGUGCAUCUACAUCGACCUACGCAGCAGUUUCACCAGAACUGGAAGGGGUUGGUGGAUGCUACCUUUACAAUGAGCAAAGGACAAAAUCUGCUGAUGUCUCUUAUGAUGAUGAGUUGCAGAAAAGACUCUGGACAGAAAGCUGCAAACUUGUUGGGAUUCCUGAUGUAGUACCCUAGAGGUCAUGGGGAGAAAAUGAUGAGUUUGCUAUGGGAAUUCAGCCUGUCUCCCUGAGCCAAGCUGUGCAGCAUCACUCAUACUUCAGGAAUUCACUGUUCAGUCACAUAAGCAAGUAUGGACAUUGUUUGAGCUACCAGUCUGCCAGCAGUGGUGGCAGUUGAGAUGAUGGGCAAAAAAUUCCUAAUUCGAAUUGUAUGUAUGGUAGUUUUAAAUUUAACCAUCCAUUUUGUAAUCAUGAUGUUUCUGUCUGUGAUU